AUGGCAGACAAGCAUCUUGUGAUUGCACUCUAUGAUUUCGCAUCCUCAAGUGACCGGGACUUGGCACUGACAGUAGGAGAGAAAUUAGAAGUCCUUUGCAGCGAUGGGGACUGGUGGUUAGCAAAAUCGCUUACUACGAAGAGGAAAGGUUAUAUACCCAGUAACUUUGUGGCCCGUGUCAAUAGCUUGGAACAAGAAAAAUGGUUUUUUAAAGGUCUCAGUAGAAAAGAAACUGAACGCCUACUAAUGGCACCAGGCAAUGUUGUGGGUUCAUUUUUGAUAAGAGAAAGUGAAACAAAUCCAGAUGCCUUUUCCCUUUCUGUUCGGGACAACAGCUCAUCUCAUGGGGACAUUGUCAAACAUUACAAGAUCCGCACGUUGGACCAUGGAGGAUAUUACAUCUGCCCUAGGAUCAGCUUCCCUUCCCUUCAGGAACUUGUCAAGCAUUAUUCCAAUAAUGAAGAUGGCUUGUGCCAGAGGCUAAGAGCUCCAUGUAUAUCUCUAGCUCCGCAAAGACCCUGGGGUACAGAUGAAUGGGAGAUCCCUCGGGAAUCUCUGAAACUUGUCAAGAAGCUGGGUGCAGGCCAGUUUGGGGAGGUGUGGAUGGGAUACUACAAGAAUAAUGUGAAAGUAGCAGUCAAGACUCUGAAAGAAGGCAGCAUGGCUCCUGAAGCUUUCUUGGCUGAGGCCAACUUAAUGAAAAAACUUCAGCACAACAAGCUUGUUAGACUGUAUGCUGUCGUCACCCAACAGCCCAUCUACAUCGUGACAGAAUACAUGGCCAAAGGAUGUCUGCUGGAUUUCUUGACAACGGCAGAAGGAAACAAGCUCUCUCUUCCAAAACUUAUAGAUAUUUCAGCUCAGGUUGCUGAAGGGAUGGCAUACAUCGAGAGAAUGAACUUCAUCCACAGAGACCUCAGAGCAGCCAAUAUUCUUGUUUCAGAGACUCUUAGCUGCAAAGUUGCUGACUUUGGCCUGGCUAGGGUCAUAGAGAAUGAAUACUUUGCCAAAGAAGGUGCCAAAUUCCCUAUCAAAUGGACAGCGCCAGAGGCAAUCAACUACGGGGUUUUCACAAUCAAGUCCGACGUCUGGUCCUUCGGAAUUCUACUAACUGAAAUUGUCACAUAUGGAAGGUGUCCCUACCCAGCUAUGACCAACCCUGAAGUAAUCCGGUGCUUAGAACUUGGUUACCGGAUGCCCCGUCCGGAACAUUGCCCACAUGAACUCUAUCUACUCAUGCUGAAAUGCUGGCAGAACAAUCCUGAAGAAAGACCCACAUUUGAAUACCUCCAGUCCACCCUUGAGGACUUUUAUACCUCCACAGAGACACAAUACCAGCCGGAGCCUAAAUAUUAGCUGCUAUUUCCUAAGCAACCUUCUCUGCAGCAAAUUUACAGGCGACAAAGGAAUUACAUUGUGGGAUGCUGAUGAGAGGGAUGCUCAAACUUUCUUCGGAAUGGUACCUUAGCAAUUCAUUUUGAAUCCUCUCUGACAUAGUCUUUGUUGUCCUCAACCCAGUGGCCUUGUAAGGACCAGACUUCGGGGGAGGUGCCCUGGGCCCCAGCAUAUGGACUCAGGAAGAGAGAGGCACAAUGGAGGCUAUAGUUUUGCAUUUGAUGUUCAGAUUGCCAUGGUCUAAAAUUGCCUAAUUACAUCACUGCCUCACCCCCUUCUGGAUCAUAUAUGAAAGGAGAUACUCUUCCUCAUGGUGGAGGGUCACAAUAAAGGGUAUUCCCGGGCAUGAGUAAAGAGAUGUUUUGACUAAAGAGAGUGUGUCCAUCUCUUAAAUCAUACUCUGCUGCUUGUCCCUGAUUUUCAGCCAAGUUCCUUCCCGCAUCUUCACUCAUCAAGGAACAAUAUAAAAAAGCUGGAGCUAUAAUACCAAUAGUAAUAUCUUGUUGUCCUGACCUGGAUUGUCCAGGCAAGCUUCAUCUCAUCAGAUCUUGGAAGCUAAGCAAGAGUCAGCCUUGGUUGGAUGGGAGACCUUCAAGGAAAACCUAUGCAGAGGCAGGCAAUGGCAAACCACCUCUCUUAGUCUCUUGCCUUGAAAACUCCAGCAGGGGUUGCCAUA